AAGACAAAGUAACAUUAACGUGAUCUAGUUACAUAUUUUUACUCGACUUACUUACACUUGCUAAAUACUAUAAACGUGAUCCAACCACUACGCUCACAAAUUGAGAUGCUCUUCUUCCUCUUCGUUUCACUCUCAGUAUCAGUAUCAGAGAAAUGCCACCCAGAUGACAAGAAAGUCCUCCUCCAAAUCAAGAAAGAGCUCCACAAUCCCUCCGACCUCGCCUCCUGGAACCCCAAAACCGACUGCUGCCAAUGGACGGUCGUGGGAUGCGGCGGCAAAGCCAACCGUAUUACCGUAUUCCACUUCUCCGAGGCCAACCUCAAGCGCCGCCCCAUCCCCGCUGCCGUGGGCGACCUCCCCUACCUCCAGAGCCUCACCUUCCGCAACACCAACGUCACCGGCCUCAUCCCCACCACCAUUUCCAACCUCUCCGACCUUUUCUUCCUCAAUCUUGAAUACAAUCUUCUGACGGGCCCCCUCCCCGCUUUCCUCACCAAACUCAAAAAGCUACAGUUCCUUUUAUUAUCAUACAACAGAUUGACUGGUUCAAUCCCCCCUUCUCUCUCCCAACUCCCAAAACUCAAAAGCCUCCUUCUAGAUGGAAACAGACUCACCGGCGCCAUUCCUGAAACAUUCGCGGAUUUCAGGAAUCAUCAAAUCUAUCUCUUCCUCUCCUAUAAUCAGCUUUCAGGCCCCAUUCCCAGCAAGUUGGGGAAUGCCAACUUCUCGGAGAUCCAUGUUUCGGGGAACAAUCUAGAAGGGGACAUCUCCUUCUUGUUCGGAAAGAGCAAGCGCUUGGCUGUCGGAGAUUUCUCCAGGAAUCACUUUCACUUCGAUCUCUCCAACCUCCACUUCUCGGACUCGUUGACCAACCUCGAUUUGAGCCAGAACAAGAUUUAUGGGAGCAUUCCCAAGGAUUUGUCGAGCACCGGGAUUAUUAUGCUCAAUGUCAGCUACAACAGCCUCUGUGGGCCCAUUCCGGAGCUCGGAACCUUCCAGACGUUUGAUUAUACCUCGUUUAUCCAUAAUAAGUGUCUCUGUGGGAAACCUUUGCCUGCGUGCAAAUGAUGUCUAAGCUCUUCAACUUGAUGUUAUAUAUGAGAAUAAUAUGGAGUUCUGCCCACAAAAUUUUCAUGGGCUCA